GCGGGCCGGGAGCCGAGCAGGGCCAGGAUGGACGGCCAGGAUGGACGGCCAGGAUGGACGGCCAGGAUGGACGGCCAGGAUGGACGGCCAGGAUGGACGGCCAGGAUGGACGGCCAGGAUGGACGGCCAGGAUGGACGGCCAGGAUGGACGAGGACGUGCUGACUACGCUGAAGAUCCUCACCAUCGGCGAGAGUGGCGCGGGCAAGCCCAGCCUGCUCUUGAGGUUCACAGAUGAUACUUUUGAUCCGGAACUUGCAACAACAAUAGGUGUUGACUUUAAGGUGAAAACAAUUUCAGUGGAUGGAAAUAAGGCUAAACUUGCAAUACAGGUAAGAAUUUUUAAAAUGUAUUUUCUAUAAAUAUUAAACUUGUACUUUGGGAAAAGCAGAAAUUAGUAUGUGUGGUGCUCUAGAAGUGAAUGAACAAUUUGUAUUAAAUAACUUGGCAGAUUUAUGUUGAUUAAAGGAUAAACAAUAAAUAGUCAUAAUUCAGUAAUCAGGCAGAGACUUGUUUUACUUAUAUUUUUAAAAUAUAUAAUCUCUUCAGAA